AAAUCAUUUAAUUUUUUUAGUCGUUCUAUCGUCAAAGCGGGCCUAAAGAGAGCGUGAAACGUCCUCCGGAGGUUGGGCCGCGUGGCGGUCUAGCAUUAAUCUUAGGUUUUAAAUAUAUGAGCUCUUUAACAUGUUUUCUAAUACCAUUAUGCCUUUUUUCAGCCGAAAACUACAGAAACAACUCGAAAACGAGGAAGGCCAUGCAAGAGCUUCAAAGACAUGAACCCGAAAUAUGCAAGGACAUUUUUUACACAUCAGGUCUUCAAUCGCCCCGCUACUUCGUCAACCUCUCUCUCAACCGCAAUCUCUUCUCAAAUUUCCUCUCGACCAGAAAAUAAUGAUAUAUUUGCGCAUCCAGUCUUCAAUAGUAAUGUACCUUUUGACUUUGAAUUUAAUCCAAAUGCUCCCUCCACACCAGAUUGCACCAUGACUUCUCCUCCCCCUGCUUCAUCAGUUAGCCAACAAACUUCAUCUAACUAAUUAUUCACCGAGGAAGAAACCAACCCUUUUUCUGACCAUGAUCCCCCCCUCUCAGAACAGGAAACUAAAACGAAAGCGAACUUGAACAUCUCCUCUUUUGACCAUCCUUUAAUAGAAAUUUGUAUCAGGCCUCAGGAAGAGGAUGGAAGUUUUUCAAACUUAACUCGGGUCCAGGAGAGCAAGGCCGUAGUGGGCAGGUUGAAACAUAUGUGUUUAAAAAAACGUAUGAAGCACAAAGAUGUGGGGGAAAUCCUGAAUGUGCUUCGUUCUGAUAGAAAUUACCUUGGGAUGGUCCCUAAGGAUUCCCGCACAUUCUUAGGAACCAGUCACAAGAAGGUGAAUUUCAGACUUGUAGACUCAGGGAAAUAUACCCACCUGAGCCUAAGAGAGGGGUUGAAAUUAUACAUUCAAGAGACGUUGAAAAACACCAAAGACCUAGAAAAUGUAAAAUGCAUACGCAUAUAUAUUUCUUGCGAUGGUUUGCCAAUCGGAAAAAGGCAUAUUUGGCCCAUUUUGUGCGGCGUCGAUAUAUAUAACGAUACCAAAUAUAUGUAUGUGUUUCCGGUUGGUGUUUACGAAGGAAAGAAAAAUCCAGUGUCCGCAAAUGCUUUCUUAGCGGAUUUAACGGCGGAAUUGAAGGACCUAGUGACGAACGGAAUACAGGAAGGUGAUGACCAUUUUGAGGUAAAAAUAAAAGUUUUCAUGGCAGACGCACCUGGUAGAGCCUUAAUGCAAGGCAUUAAGUCCCACUCCGGGUAUAGGAGCUGCCCACGCUGCAAAAUCGUCGGAACGCCAGUUACUCCCCCUUCUGAUGAAUCUGAACAGGAUGGCUUAAAGCUUCUUAGAGGAAGGACAUCAAAAGCACGGAUUCAGCCUCGUCCCUCUACACGACCCAACCAGAAGGCAAAGGGGCAGCAAGGCCAAGAAAAUGAGCCAAAGAAGAAAAAGAAAAGAGAUGUAAUCUGUUUCUUGGAGACGGACCCACAAGAACCGCGGACAAAUGAAGAAGCUGCAAGCCCCGCCGUCAGAGAAGCUGAUUUAGCCAAGCGGGAUCCUAAACUUCGCCAUUUUAUGCAGAGGACACCCCUUGCGGAUAUUCCAGGCGUCAAAUUGGUCUCUCAGUUUCCGAUCGAUUAUAUGCACGCGGUACUUUUAGGAGUCGUUAGAACAAUGGUUUCAUCUUGGAUUACGCCGAAGACCCGUGAUGCAUUAGGAAUUUCUCCUAGUGCUGAGGGUAUUAUCAAUUGUGCUCUAGAAAAUAUAGCCGAAAAAGGUACGCCUUUCAAUAACGCGCCCUCAGAGUUGAAAGAUAAUUGGAAGGCCACGAUGUCGAGGCAAUUUCUUUUAUAUUCAGGCCCCGUUGUCCUUAAAAACACGCUACCUGAUUAUAUAUACAACAAUUUCAUGCUUCUUUCCUCUGCCAUGCGAAUUGCUUUGAGUCCUUCACUAUGCAAGACCCAUGUGCCUACAAUGCGCAGACACCUCAGUCAAUUUGUGAAGGGUUAUAAGGUAAUUUAUGGGGAUCACAAAAUGUCCUUCAAUAUACAUAGUCUCUUACACCUCGCAGACGACGUGGAGAUGUACGGCUGCCUCGAUAAUGUGAGCAGCUUUAACUUUGAGGACUUUUUAGGCCACAUUAAACGUACAGUUCUGCAUGGCGCGACUCACCCGGCUGCUCAAUUGUCAAAAAGAAACAGUGAGGCGAAGAAAAAUUCUGUAAUAUUUUUGAAACAGCGGCAAAAGAAAACAUAUUUGCUGAAACGUCAAGACAAGAAAAAUUUCUGUCUGAACGGUAAAGAGUGGCAACAGUUUAAGGAAUGUAUGAUUGAUGGAGUAAAAAUGUCAACUUCCUCACCAAACAACAUAUUCGGUCUUACAACUGGUGAUAUUAUUUCCAUUUCAAAUAUAUUACUUACAAUAACAUCGGAUGGAGACAUGAAAAUCAUGCUAGUAGGAAAGAAGUUUGUGGAUGCGUCUCCUAGCAAUUUUUUCUUUAACGACACGAUAGAUGAAGCAAUUUUUGGAAUGAUGUCUGUGUCCAAACUAGGAGAGGAAGAAAUAUGGCCCAUAACGGAUGUUUCGCAAAAAUAUUGUCUGUUGCCAUAUGCUCACCGCCAGAUGGCCAUUCCUAUGUUGCAUACAACCUAAGUUUUCUUAGCCCCCCGUUUUCUGUAAGGUCUAAUUUCUCCGAAAAGCUUUUCUGAACAGUUCCCACUUCUGGGGAAAUUUAAAAAAAAAUUCGCAUGUGUAGUGCAUCGAGUAUCGAGUAUUUUAAGCUGAAAACCCCUAAUACGGCCUUAGAAAUAUGUAACGUCAGAAACAGCCAAUUCUCUAGGAAAAUCGUCCCGAAAAUAUGGUGGGUGAUAACCAAUUUCUAAGGCUACAUUCGGAGUUUUCAGCUUAAAAUACUCGAGACUCGAUGAACUACACAUGGGAUUUUUUUUUAAAUGUCCUCGGAAUAUACUUAAGAAACACCCUACCACGGGUCCAGGAAAACUUAUAAAAAUAAAUUGCAUGCAUUACAAAUUUACGUCAAAUUUGCUCAUUUUCCCGGGAAGUUGAGAGGUGAUAGGGAAAAAUGAAAGCCAGUGUUGGACUUAAUGGCUCAAAAUACAUAGAAACGGUCCUAUCUCAUAAUUGAGAAAAAUGUUACCACCAUUCUGCAGGGGAAAACAGUCACAAAAACACCGAAAAUGCCCAAAAGUGGCCAUUUUCCCGUAUAAAAAACAGCUUUCCCAGAAAAUUGGAGGAGGGUGAUGGAAAAAAACGGAGGUCAUAUUCGAAUCUAGCGCCUCAAAAUACACAGAAAUCACCUUAUCUCUUCCGAAAGACAUUUUCCUCCUUCUGUUUGUUAACAGGAUGAGUUACCACAUCUGCAGUCAAUUUCUCCUUCGCUUUAUUUUCAAAAUGGAUUUGUAUACUAUUUUUUUAAAUCAGCCCUGAAUUUGGGCAUCCUGUAUCUGGUUUGUUUUUUAUUCAUUUGCCUGAUAUUCUCUCAUCCAACAAUGUAUUAUCAUUAGAAUGUUACUAACACAAUCAUAUAUUGUUUGAAACUAAAUCAAUGAAAACUUAUACCUCCUUCAUAGAGGAGGGCGAAAAGGGGGGGGGGGAAUCACAUAGCAAGCAAUAUACGAUUAUCCUCCGAGUCAUUAUUCACAUCUCAAUGUGCAUUUAUAUUCGAUGGUCUACACAAAAUUUAGCAGGAAAAUGAUUAAACUUAUACUUUCUUGAUAACUUGAGUGUCUUCUCGCCGUGAACUACAGUGUCCGAUCCAGCUCAACAGAACCACACUUUCAAGGGUAAAGUUUAUUCGUCAAGGAGGUAGCAAAAUUCGUCACAAUUAUUCCGCACCGAAAAAAGGUAGAUAAAUAUCUAAAUUGCCAAAUUCUGGCUCACAACUAGCACGCCAACUGAAGGGUAACUUCCACUUCAAUUUAUUAAUAUCACGUUACGGCAACGGGAAUUUUUUUGCAAUGAAUUUCAACAUAUUUUUGUUAAAAUAUUGUUUCGAAAUUGUAUGUCUUACAUUAUUGCUAAAUAAUAUUAUGCUCUUUCGUUUAAUUUAGUAGGUACUUCAGCUGUAAAUAUAUGUUAGAGAUUGGUUUUUCCUCGAAAUUUAAUUGAAAGAAUUAAUUAGUGGACUUACGGACAAACCCAAUAUCAGAGUCUCAACAUUACUCCAACAGUCUGAUAAGUCCCGUUGAAACUGGUAGAAACUUGGUUUAAAGAUUAUUUCUUUAAACCAGACUUAAAACUGAAUACGAAAGCAUUCUCUCACUUUCUACAACGCUGAUUGCAACUUCUAAAGUUGCAUGUGUUCCGCGAUCACACGCGUCGGAUGUAACCCGUUACGUUGUGGUCUUUGACCUCUAAAGUGACUAAUUUUGUACCUAUUAUAUACAAUAAAAGAUUCUAAUGAGAAAAUGACACCCCCAUACUGUUUGCUUCAACUUGUUAGAAUUAUUUAUAAUUUUUAUCUCCCCAAAGUAGAAUACUUUUCGAAGCAUUGUCUGCAAGUAAAUUGCGGAGUCUUUUGGCGUCCCGGCCGUCACAAAUUUUUUCCCUGAAUUUUCAUGCAUCAAAAUUGCUCAGUAUUGAGAAAGAUGGAGUCAAAAUUGAAGCAAUAUCUGACCACUUUCUGUUUUAGGUUUAUUACUUAAAAUAUUUCUUUUAUAGAAGUGAUAGAAAAUGUAUUUUAUUUUGGUAAGUUGUAAAUUUUGAAGAAGAGGGAGUGGCUUCAUUUUUGAGUGUAUGGUUUUGAGCCCAGAUAUAAGUUUCUUGAGAGGAAAAACGAAGGAAAAAGAAUAGAAAAAAUGACAAGCAGGUAUCUGCUCUCACAAAUUUUAAAGCUAUGCAUUGUACUGCCGUGCUAAAGAAGAACGCCGUAUGAACAUUCGAGAGUUGCCAAAUUUCCCCGAAUAAAACAUG